AUGGUUCCCCGUCCACACCAGUCUAUCUCGCGCGCCAAGCCUGAAUGGCAGUUACUUCUCGAAUCCGAGCUGGCCCAGAACCCACGCUCAACUGUAUAUUCGCUCGCGACCGUGCAUGAGGGUGCGCCGCGUGUGCGCUCGGUUGUCCAUCGUACUUUCUCGCCGAGUGGCCUCCUCCUCAGCACGACCGACCUGCGCUCAUCCAAGUCGACCCAGCUAGGCGCCGAAUCGCGCACCGAGAUCGCUUGGACCCUCCCCACCCUCGUCCAGUUCCGCGUCACUGGGCGCGCAUACAUCGUUCCCGCGAGUGGUUCCCCCAAUCUGACCCGCAGGGGAAGCCAGCUCAAGAUCGCAGCGUCAUACUCGUCGCCGCGCAACCCGACUCCGCUUCGCAGGACACCGUCGAGUGCCGCGGGCUCAUCCUCGCCAACGACCGAUGAAGCUAGCGGCGCGACGAACAGGGACGGGAAGCGGGGGAGCGUCUCGAGCACAUCAUCGCUGACCCCUGGCGGCACGGCAGAGGCCAGUCCCACCGAGUCGCUCGACACCAAGAGCACGACUGAGAGCAUUCCGGGGAGUGGCGCGGCCUCGGAAUCCAUCUCUAGGUCCAGCUCGACCAAGGGUAGGCCCAGACUCCACCUGACGCCGACGCCAAACGAUCUGGCAUCGAGCGCAGGCCCGUCGUCGCCCCUUGGCCCGGGUACCCCGCGCUCGCCCCGCGUCUCGCCUCCGCUCUCGGCGUCGAGCACCAGCUCUUACCAGUUCCACCUCCGGCCCAACGUCGCUCUCAACCCGGCCGUCACGCUCGACUCGGAAUCCGACAUCGGCCUCCCCAAGUUGGCCGGCACGCUGUCUGCGCUCGUGAGCUGGGGCGUCGCGUCGAACGCACCCGAGUCGUCGCCGUCGUGGUGGGAGGCUGAGCGUGCGCGGAUCUGGGACAGCUUGAGCCCAGCGUUGCGCGCGACGUUUGGCCGUCCUGCCCCACCUGGUUCGACACUUGCGGACGCGCCGGACCAGAGCACCUGGAUCACAAGCUUGGAGUCAAACGCCAAGGACCCUGAAGAGUCAAAGGGCCUCAUCGAGGCGUGGCAGAACUUUGCUGUCGUUGCGCUCGCUCCCCAGCGCGUGGAGAUGCUCGAGCUCUCGUGCGAGCCCCACCGCCGCGCGUGCUGGGUGCGCGAUGGCGAGGCGUGGAUCAAGGAGGAGCUUGUGCCGUGA